AUGGCCAUGAGCUCAUUUUUACCGUAUCACCCUGACAUUCUUAUCGCCUACGACGAAGCGACUGAUAGCGAGGCAGACCUUGAGAGCCUUCGUUCGAAAACUACCAGCGUCAAAAUUUCUAUUCUAGAGCACAGGAUAGAAAACGGCAGGUCUUACCAUAAGUAUAACGAUGGCACGUCAGAUAUGCAGCACGAGAUCUGCAUUGUCACGUUCCGCGACAGAUCGGGACUCGCCCCACCCUGUAACAACGACGCCAAGGUCAAUCGCGUCCUCGACAUUGGUACCGAAAACAGUCUGUGGACCAUUGACUACGCUGAUCAGCAUCCCGAAGCUGAGAAGCUUGUCACUAAGGCCUACAAUAACCUCACCCCUGGUGGCUAUUUCAAGAUACAGGAUAACAAUAUCACCUUUGUGUCCGAUGACGGCAUACUGACUUCCGAGCACCCGCUGGCCGAGUUCGGUAGACUGAUUCGGGAAGCUGUCGAGAAGCUUGGGCGCAGUUUUCUCCCUGACUCCGAGCUGAAACCCCUCUUGGUCGACGUUGGCUUCGAAGAUGUGACCUUCGAGAAGUUCAAGUGGCCAUCCAGCCCCUGGCCCAAAGAUCCUCAUCACAAGCGAAUUGGAGAGUGA